UCUCAGCUUUACACUCAUCACACUAAAAAUUCUCAUCAAUGGCGGUUUUCUCAAGAACCAAACGUGUUACUGAUCCACUCGACGACGAAGCUAAAGCUCGUAUCUUCAGUAGCCAUGGUUGCAUCCUAGACCAAGACUCUUCUCCUCGACUCUGUGAGCUUGUUCAGGGUUUUUUCGAUGAUGGUCCUGAAGAGACGAUACUCUUCUCUGACUCCGACCCCUCUGAGAAUUCUUCAGUAGUUGAACGUUCUUGUGAGGGUAGUGUGGAGAUCUUGAAGAUGGCCCUGAGCUUCUCAGACUCUGAUCCUUAUCGGAAUCUAUUGCUAGGUCACGUUUUGAGAGCCGUGGAGGCAUAUUCUUGUUUUAGGUCAAGGAACAAAUCUGUGAUCCGAGACAAGGUCGUUUCGUUUCUUCGUGAGCUCGGCCAUGACGCGGCGGUUUGUGUAUCGAAAUGGAACUCGUCGGCUAAACUCAUUGCGGGGAGUUACGAUUACAUCGACGUCGUUUACAAGCCUACGUCUGAUCAGACGAUCCCCGUACGUUACUUCGUCGAUCUAGACUUUGCUUCUGAGUUCGAGAUCGCAAGGCCAACGCAAGAAUACACUCGUGUGUUGCAUUUGCUUCCUAACGUUUUCGUUGGGAAAGAAGAGAGUUUGAAGACGAUCGUGAGAGAGUCAUGCGACGCGGCGAAGAGGUCUAUGAAGAGCCGUGGCUUGUCUCUACCACCGUGGCGGAGAAGCUCUUACUUGCAGCACAAGUGGUUUGGUCCGUACAAAAGAAAGGUUAUGGAAUCUAGUUUGGGUGUUAAGCAGUUGAAUAGUGAGGCUGUGAGCUGCAGAGCUUUAGGGUUUGAUCAUGAGGGUGUUGUCAAUACUCGUUUGUUCAUCAGGACGUGAUAUGAUCAUCUAAGUAGUAUGGAGUAGGCUAUGGUAUAAAGUGUGGUCGCAUAGUUGAAGACUACACUUAGUUUUUUCUUUUGGAAUUGUA